UUUUCGUUGGAGAACGCCGCAGGAUAUCCUAGUACGCGGCUCUUUUACGAUACCAUAGAGCGAAGAGAACGAUCGGCUCGAGUGAUAGAAUCGUGAUCGGUCGGUGCGUUCGUCAAGAAACGAUAAAACUUUCCUUGUUACAUUCCAGUGUUCGGUCACUGAUUUCCUAUCAGCCGACGACGAAGAAACCAACCAACGAACGAGCGAACGAGUGGAGCAAACGAUCAAGGAACACAACAUGUCCGCUGCUCAGGUUGGCGUCAUUUGUGGCGUGCUCUUGUUUAAAAACGACACGGUACGAUGAUACGCGCGCGAUCACUACGUCCGGCAGCGUAAAGGUUCAACGCGAUGCGUCGCUCGGCGGCGGCGUACGAUCUCGCGCGUACGAUCGUCUCGCACGUGCAUUGAACGAUGACGGAGCCGGAACUUUGCCGGCUAUGCGCCGAGACCAAGGAGAAUCUUAUCGGGAUCUACGAUACCGAGGGUCAAAAGCUCGCAAUUGAAGCCAAGAUCGCCAAGUGCCUGCAAAUACAGGUUUUAAUAACGGAUGGUUUGCCACUUACGGUUUGUAUAGACUGCUGUGUUCUGUUGAAUCAAUGCAGUGAUUUCUUUGAGAAAACCAAUCAGGCUCAAGUGUCGCUGAGACAACUGCUGAUAGCUACAAAAGUUGAGUCACAACCCAUAGAACCAAAUAUAGAUUAUGUGGAGGAGACUGUAGAGUUUCCAAAGGGUGAGAAUAAUAAUAGAGAAGAGCUAGUUGAGUGUCAAUUGCCUGAUAAUUAUAUUAGCGAGAGAGCCAAUACCUCAAAUGCUUCCUACUAUAUUGAGGAAUAUAAGGAUGAAAAUUCCCAAAAUGAAUCACAAGAAACAUUAGAGAUAAAGCAAAAGAAGUGUAAGAUACAGAUCAAGAAGAGCUCCCCUAAACAAACUAAAAAAAGAUUGAAGAAAAAGAAUCAAAUGCAAAAGAUGGAGGAAACUGAGCAUCAAAUAUCUUCUAGGGUGGCAAAAAAACAGAAUGAUGCAGCUAUAAAAAAUAAUUUGAAGAUUGUAGAUAAUUAUAUACCUGAUACAGAAUCAAAAUUAGAAGUUAUAGAGAUACGAACAGUGGAGACAACAAAACAGAAGAAAAAGACAGAAGGUUUAGAGAGAUACCCUUGGCUAUGCACAGAUUGUGAUGAUAAAUUGCCAAGCUUAGAAGCGCUGGAGGAGCAUCAUGAAACGGUGCAUAAUCAACAAGCCAAGUACAUGUGUGUGCAGUGUUGUAAAGUUUACGAUAAGUAUUAUGGGUUUCUUACCCAUGUCAAGAGGCACAAGAAUAAAGCAAAGUUUAGUUGUGAAGAUUGCGGCAAGUCGUUUGUACAUAAAAAGGUAUUGGACACUCAUAAAACGAUUCAUAGUGCAGAACGACCGUUUGUAUGCCAAACCUGCGGAAAAGCUUUCAGACAACAAAGUGCUUUAUAUAUUCAUAAUCGAUGUCAUUUACCUGAUACCGUGAAGAACAGAUACCCGUGCGAUCAGUGUGAUAAAAGGUUUUCCACGAAACCAAAUCUUGUUACGCAUAAACGCAUUCAUUCCGGUGUUCGGAACUUUACGUGCGAUCAAUGUGGCAAGAGUUUUAUACAAAAAGGAAAUUUGGAAGCUCAUUUUUUAACUCACUCAGCAGACAAACCGUUUGGUUGCAAUCAGUGUCCCAAAGCGUUUAAAACGCAACUGCAAUUAAAAAAGCACGCAACAGUUCAUACUGGUGCCAAGCCGCAUCAGUGUGCUGUUUGUGGGAGAACUUUUAGAGAGAAAGGAACUUUAAGAGAGCAUCACAGAAUUCAUACUGGUGCGAUGCCGUUCACUUGCGAGUUUUGCGGAAAGUGUUUUCGCUUCAAAGGGAUAUUGACUACGCACAGGCGACAACACACCGGAGAACGUCCGUAUAGUUGUUUAGAGUGUCAGCAUCAUUUCACGAAUUGGCCCAACUACAAUAAGCACAUGAAGCGUCGACAUGGAAUUAAUACUUCUCAUACUAAGCAUCUAGCGAAUAAUCAGCAGCAAUUACAACAGCCGACAGAACAAACACAACCACCUCAAAUACAGCAGCCUCCCGCAGAGAACUCACUCUCUGUAUCUCAAGGGGAAUCAACCACAGUACAAGUGAUACAAGCAGUUCCUCACGCCUCGGUGUCGCAGCCAAUAGUCAUCCAAGCUAUUCCAACGAGCACUAUUCAAACAUUUCAAACUGAUGUCACCGGUACUGUUCAGGAAACAGUAUUUAGAAACCGAAAUACGACAUAUUUCAACGCAAUGCCAAGCGCGCUGCAAAAUUUUCUGCCAUCGAACCUACAGUAUAACUUCUAUAGCAUUUCCAAUGUUACGGAAAAUGAUUUAAUUCAGCAUAGAUAAAAUUGUUUGGUCAAACUGAGCUUAUGUAAAGACAACUAUGUCUUUGUGCUGAUUAUUGUGAUGAAUUUCGAAAACGUCACCCAUUGCAUUUUUGAUAUGGAUGGUUUGUUAUUGGACACAGAAACAUUAUACUCGGAGGCUUACAAUCGUGUAACUCAAAAGUUUGGAAAAACGUAUACCUGGCAGCAUAAGGCAAAAAUUAUGGGAUUCAAGAGCACUGAUGCUGUGCAAACUAUAAUAGAUCUGUUAGAAUUGCCGAUUACAGUGCAAGAAUUUGAGGACGAGCUUGCUAUUUUGUAUCAAGAAUUAUUUCCUCAAUGUAACCUUCUGCCAGGUGUGGAAAAACUUCUGCGGCAUCUUAAAGAAAACAAUAUACCUGUUGCCCUAGCUACAAGUUCAAGUAAAGAAAGCAGUGACCUAAAAACCCAGAGAUGGCAACAUAUAUUUAACUAUUUUGAUCACAAAGUUUAUGGUGGUUCUGAUCCUGAGGUUCCCCAAGGGAAGCCAAAUCCAGACAUAUUUUUAGUUGCUGCAAGACGUUUUCCUGACAAUCCUGAUCCUUCAAAAUGCCUAGUCUUUGAAGAUUCACCAAAUGGAGUACAGGCUGCCAUUGCUGCUAAGAUGCAAGUGGUGAUGGUGCCAGAUCCUCAGCUUCCUAAACAUUUCAUGAAAGAUGCUACGCUAGUUUUAGGAAGCUUGGAAGACUUUAAACCAGAGAGCUUUGGAUUACCUUCAUUUGUAGCAUAAAACUAUCUGCCUUAGGUCGCAGAGAAAACACUAGAUGAGUUAGAUGCAAUUGGAUGUAACCCAAGAAAAUUAUCAAAUAUAAUUGUCAGCGAGGAGUAAAGAAGCCUGCAGGCACAGGUUUUCCUUAUCACUGUGGAGAUUUAUAUACAUAGAUUUUAUUUUAAGAAAAUAACAAAAAUAUAAAAUAUA